GAAAACUCGACUACGGAGGAAGGAACCACGGCUCACUUUAAGUACCACGACACUGUAUGCACAAAUUUGCAGUUCGAUCGGAUCCACUCUAACACCUACAUGAGCAUGGGCGAUCCAGCCCUAGAACUGAUGGUGGAUGGCGUGACCAUUGACUGCCAGGGUCAAUUCUCUGCCCUGGGCACUGUGAGCUGGCUGCUGGUUGGAAGUGGCAGUUGGGAAGCAAAGUUGACGAAUGGCGCAUCAUCUGGAAAUGGUGCUGAGUUUGAAGUCCUCUUCCAGCGCCACCACCCUCGACAGGAGCUGACGAAGCUCACCAGUCUAAAGUGCCAAGUGGACUUUCAUGCAGAAGUUGAAGUAAAGGGUGGCCUUGCGGUCAAGACAGCCAACAUCAUGCAGAGGGUGUUAUCCCCCUUCGUGAAUGGGUUCGUUCAGUCUCAAAUUCAGAGCAAGGCCUGUGCUGCUCUUGAAGACCUCAUCAAGGUGAAAGCUCGUCCGUAUUUGCAGCAGGUGAACCAUCUCUUCUUCGAAACGCCGUUGGCACAGGUCCGGCGGCUAUCUGGCAACGACACAAAGCCCGUCAGCCCCGUUCCCGUCACACCGGCGACGAACGGAACCGUUCCCAACAGCUCCAGGGAUGCCAGCGCAACUUCAUCUGAUGCUCCAUUGGACCACCAUGGCGACUCCAAGCUCGUGGAUUGGACAAAAUCCGAAUUACUUCAGUGGAGCAACUGGUUCUACACAAAGGUCCUGCCACCCGAAGUGGCUCGCGAGCUGGCGAAAGCUGCAGGAAGUGAUUUUGUGACAGUGGACCUAACGGAACUGAAUCUACCGCCGAUUGAAACGGUGGUGGAUCAGCACGGGGCUCUGGGGAUGAUUAUGCAGAUUAAAGUUGAGGCCAAGGAGAUCCAACUGAAGGGCCUUGAGGGAGUUCAGGCCUAUGGGAUGGAGGCUGUGAGUCCGACCCAACUGCGCACGUCAGUGAGCCUGGGGAGUGAGGAGGCGCCUGUGACCACCAUGGCUGUGAAGUUGGCAAUUACUGCUGAAGCCAAAGAUACCACCAGUUCUGGGGCGGCUGCAUCCCUGGAGGAAGAGGUGAGCUUCAUGGUGGCGGUGAACAAGCCCAGUAGCUCCAUGCAGAUCAAGGUCCCCAUCGGAUUGGAGAAGAUGAACAACAGACAUACACUGGCACAGUGGCUGGUGGAUACAUUGAACUGUGGCCGCUCAUUACUGGAAGAAGCUCCAACCCUGGAAGAGUUGAAUAUCAGCUUCGAAAGCCUCUCCAAGCCCUUGUCGUACACUGCCAACACUGAGGGGGAGCUGGAACAGGACAUCUCAGACUUCUUCAAUGCAAUGGUCAAGAUCUUCAACGCUUUGUUUGAGGAACAUCUCCCUGGAGCCAUUGCUCGAAUGGCCACAUCAGAGCAGGGCUUGGGCAUUGCCAAUGCCCUGCUGAAGAAGCAAGCGUCGCCGGCAGAAUGCAUCAGUGCAACAGAUGCACAGGAGAAGAUCAAAGGACAAUACCCGGAAAUCUACAGCGACUGGCCAAAGAUGCUGGACGGACAAAUGAAGCAAUAUGUCGACAAGAUGGUCCAUGGCCUAUUGAACACAAACGAGACAAAGGCACCCGAGGGCUGGUUGGAGAUGCCGCCAAUCAAUGGUGGCUCCUUCACGAACAUUCACGUGAAGGCGCUGAAGGCUACUGGAACACACCAGAUUACAGAGAUGAAGAUGCUCGAGACCGAUCCGAAGACACCUGAGACGAUCUCUUUCGGCAUGACAACAGCUUGUCCCUCAGAUGAGGCUCCUUACUCCGCCCGUGUGGUGAUGACUGCGGAGGGAACGCUUGAUGUGACCGGAGAAGCCCUGGUGGAGGUGGAAUUUCCUUGUGGCACCCUGGAAACGACACUGAACCUCAGCGUUGAUACGUUGGAGGCAGUCACCAUGCUGAUGCCCCCCAGCCUUUUCUGCACCUUGUUGUCCCCAUUUAAGACCAUCGCCGUUGCGAACCUGACCACGGCCUAUCGAGGAGCAGGCAAGGUCUACGUGACCAUUGCUGAAGGAACUCGACAUGAUGUGCUUCAGGAGUUGUGCGGCAACUUUCCCAGGCUUUGUGCCUUGAUGGGAAGGAUCGGUGAAACCUUUGUGAACAAAGACAAUGCCACCCUUGUGCUGUCCUACCUGCACCAGGAGGCAGUUGGUUUUUGCGACGAGAUGAUCAAGGCCAAAGGUCGCAGACUUUCCGAUGACCUUGACAUUCAGCGGGAUUCAUUGGGUGUUCCAUAUGAGGAGUUCAGCUUUGGACUCCUGUCCUUGUGGCUGGGCCUCCUUUUGAGCAUCAUUGGAGCUGCUGUGGUGGUUUGGUCCAUCAAGUAUAUGGACGAGAAAUCCGUGCGCCGUGACAAUGCAUCGCUUGCAGUGCACAUUAUCCGCCACUAUGGCAUUGUCUUUGCAUACGUGAUCUCCUUGCUCUUGUUCCUAUCAGUGAGCUUCCGCGACCUUGCCUGCAACAAACUCGCCUAUGCCUCUGUCGUUUUGACCAACGUAUACAAGCCUUCGAACAAGAUCCUCGACACGCAGACUCUAGCAGUUUUCACCUCCUGGGGACUUGCGUAUCAAUUCAAAGAGGCCAACUUCUUGUUGGCCUUCGAGUGGGUCUUGAAUGGUCUGGGUGUGACAAUAGGAAUCUUCGUGGUCUUUGCCCUGUCAUUUUGGAUCAUCAGGUUUCCCUACACAGUGCAGCACAUCAUCCUUCGAGUUGCUAUCUUCUUUGCGAGACGACCCUGGCAGGAGAGUGCGACCUUGGGAUUGUCAGCUUUGGCACUGACUUCAGAUUUGGAGCUGCCGGUAGAUAUACAAGGUCAGAUGAGGUUGAACAUGUGGGCUGGACCACUCUUGGGCAUGUUUUCAACGCUUUUUCUCACUGCAGCAGCCAUCGGGAUGUUGGUGACAUUGCCAGUGAAAUCCACCGAAACCGAAGAGGAAGGAAAAAACCGGAUGAUGCUGGUGGAUUUAGUACUCUGUUCUGGAAUCAUCCUGGGGAUGUUCAUAUGGUUCUUCUUUGACUUUGUUGAGGUGGGCUUCCGGGGGCUAGCCUCCGCGGUGCUGGAAACUAAGAGUUUCUCUGGAAUGCAAAUGGGCAAUGGCAAUGCUAGUCUGAAGCUCUCCAUUCUCUUGGUAUUCGUUCUGGCGCCCUUAAUGCAGGCGUGCUUGGUGAUAACUCGCGUCAUGGGGCUGAAACUGAUGAGUGCAGGUCUUCAUCGUGCACUUGAAGAGGUCUUCAUGAGUUUGAACAGCCUGGACAUCUUUGCCUUAGCUUUCUUUGUGGGUUUCCUCACUGGAAUUGAUGGUUUUGCCUCUUCGUUCGUUAAUACCGAAUUUGCUCCACUGUGUCAAGCAACGCAAUUUGUGGCGGGUCUUCCCUGCAUCGGGGUCAACGCCAAGACUGCGACUUUCGGGACCAUAGGCUUAGCCAUUGGAGCUGCCUGCAGCCUGGGACUCUACAUUCGCUCUUCGAUCGAGUUCCAUGGAUUAGUGGCAAGACCUGUAAGGAGGAGAGAUGUGGAAUCUGACGGACAAGCUACAGCAGUGGAGCUGCAGUGA